AUGGAACGUGUAUUGGCUGAUGUACUUAGAGAUCAAAGGAAUUUGGGCAACAAGGGUGACGGAGGUUGGAAAAGGUCAGCAUUGAAUGUUGUAGCCACAGUGUUAUCUACAAGCUUCAAUGUUAAUGUCACAUCAGAUAAUGUCAAAAACCGUAUCAAAUUAUGGAGAUCGUGGUAUGGUAUUGUAAGUGACAUCCUUGGCCAGAGUGGAUUUGAUUGGGAUGGCACUAAGCACAUGAUCACAGUUGAGAAUGAAAAUGCUUGGAAUGAAUAUUGCACUUCGCAUAAAUCGGCUAAACCGUUUCGAUACAAGGUGCUUCAAAAUUGGGAUGAUAUAGUGGAUUUGUGUGCUAAAGAUAGAGCCACCGGUCAUGGAGCUGAAACUGCUAUAGAUGCUGAUGAAGCGAUGAGUAGAGAAACAAAUGAAGUGGAAUUCAUGGGGUUAGGUGCUACUGCCAUAGAUUUAGAAGAACCAAGCUCUAAUACAAAAGGAAAAAGACAAGGUUCGACUUCUUCUGGCACACAUCCUCACAAGAGAAAGAUGGGAGAAAAAGAAGGAAUAGCCGCUUCUUUGGAUAAAAUGACGAACUCUUUUAACCGAAUGGUGGAAAAAAUGGAUGGUAAAGUUGAUGAUGAAGAUAUUCAAGAAGUAUUACGUGAGGCAGCUUUGAUACCAGAUCUUAAUAGACAACAAUGGGCUAAAGCUAUUAAAUGGUUAGCUGACGAUCCAAAACAGUUAGCUAUUGUGAAAGCCCUUCCAAUUCACCAAAAGACAGAUUAUGUUUUAACACACCUUGGAGAAUGA